AUGAAGCGCUCGCGCGCCUGCGACGAUCUCGUGGCCCUCGCCGCCGAGUCAGUGGCCCACUGCGCUGCCCCACCAGCGCACGUGGACGCGACGUGGCCGCCUCCGUCGUCGCCCGUCGAGCUCUGUCCGCACGGCUGCAAGCGCUCCCGGGCGUCCGUGGACAGUGUCCCGAGCAGCAGCGACAAGAAUACCGACAUGCGACGGGGCGCUGUCCGGCCGCGCGCCGGCGUUCAGACCAUCGACGCAUCGACGCAGAACGGGACGCAGCGCACGUGGGCGUCGCCUGUGCGCUGCAGCGUCGAGGCGACAGGUGCCGACGCCAUCGACAGCAACGAGCGGCAUCCGUUCCGUCGGCAGAUACUGUGGCGGAAGAAGAAGAAGAACCCGCAGCGCGUGGCGGAGAUCACGAGCAGCUUUGACGGCUUUGGGCUAUACGACACGGACGACGGCGACGUGAGCCACCGGCGGAGGCGGUCGAACGUGCGGGCGCUCGUGAGGACGGCACCGGUUGAGGCACAGGCGACGACCGAGUCGCGGUUUCUCCACGGCCUGUGCCCUCUACGCUCGUCGAGGUGUAUGGAUCCGCUGGUGAAGCGACAGGGCGGCCCGUCGUUCGACCUGUCGGCUUUGAUCAUGUUGGCCGUCUCGCGGAAGCGAUAG